CGCAGGUCCUGUAAGCACACGGCUCCUGUACAGCUCUGCAUGUGGAGGUUCCUAUAAGGUGUCAGGACGUGGCGGUCUAUUUCUCCAUGGAGGAGUGGGAGUAUGUAGAAGGACACAAGGAUCAGUACAAGGAUCAGGUGAUGAUGGAGGAUCAGCAGCUCCUCACAUCACCAGUCAGAUCCAGUAAGAAAACAGCACCAGAGAGGUGUCCCCGUCCUCUUGAUGAACAGAAUAUGGAGGAUAUUACUACAGGGAAAGAUCUGAUCUAUAUUAAUCCUACAGACAUAAAGGAAGAAGAAGAGACAGAUGUGAGCAGUGAUGAGCAGUAUAAGGAGGACAUUUCUACAGAGAAUGAUCUCAUCUAUAUUAAUGCUACAGACAUAAAGGAAGAAGAAGAGACAGAUGUGAGCGGUGAUCAUCAGUAUAAGAAGGACAUUUCUACAGAGAAAGAUCUGAUCUAUAUUAAUGCUACAGACAUAAAGGAAGAAGAAGAGACAGAUGUGAGCAGUGAUGAGCAGCAUAAGGAGGAUAUUACUGCAGGGAAAUAUCUGAUCGAUAUUUAUACUACAGGCAUAAAGGAAGAAGAGACAGAUGUGAGCCGUGAUGAGCAGUAUAAGGAGGACAUUCCUACAGAGAAAGAUCUUAUCUAUAUUAAUGCUACAGGCAUAAAGGAAGAAGAGACCGAUGUGAGCGGUGAUGAGCAGUAUAAGGAGGACAUUUCUAUAGGGAAAGAUCUGAUCAGUAUUAAUGCUACAGAUUUAAAGGAAGAAGAGACAGAUGUGAACAGUAAUAAGCAGUAUAAGGAGGAUAUUACAGCAGGGAAAGAUCUGAUCGAUAUUUAUACUACAGGCAUAAAGAAAGAACAAGAGACAGACAUGAGCGGUGAUGAGCAGUAUAAGAAGGACAUUCCUACAGGGAAAGAUCUGAUCUAUAUUAAUGCUACAGACAUAAAGGAAGAACAAGAGACAGAUGUAAACAGUGAUAAGCAGUAUAAGGAGGACAUUCCUAUAGGGAAAGAUCUGAGCUAUAUUACUGCUAGGGACAUAAAGGAAGAAAAAGAGACAGAUGUAAACAGUGAUAAGCAGUAUAAGGAGGACAUUCCUAUAGGGAAAGAUCUGAGCUAUAUUACUGCUAGGGACAUAAAGGAAGAACAAGAUGCUGAUGUAAGCAGUGAUGCGCAGUAUAAGGAGUGCAUUUCUACAGGGAGAGAUCUGAUCUAUAUUAAUGCUACAGACAUAAAGAAAGAAAAAGAAGAGACAGAUGUGAGCAGUGAUAAGCAGUAUAAGGAGGACAUUCCUACAGGGAAAGAUCUGAUCUAUAUUAAUGCUACAGACAUUAAGAAAGAAGAAGAAGAGACGGAUGUGAGCGGUGAUGAGCAGUUUAAGGAGGACAUUCCUACAGGUAACUGCCCAGAUUCUUGUAGCAGGAGAUCAGAGGAGAAUCUUAUAUCUUCAGAUUAUAAAGCAGAUGAUGAUAUCACACAAGAUACAUAUGAAGAACAUUCCAUUAUCCCAGAUACACCCUCAGCCCUUCACAGCCAAAAUCUGUCAUCUCAUCCUUAUAUACAGGUCCUGUCUUCUCAUUCAUCACAGGAUGUUCAGCAAAAUAAAGGUCACAGAAGGAAUGUUGGACAUCCCCGAGCUCAUACAGGAAAGAAACCAUAUUUAUGCUCAGAAUGUGGGAAAUGUUUUACUUUUAAAUCAGGUCUUGUUGUACAUCAGAGAACUCACAAAGGAGAGAAGCCGUUUUCAUGUUCAGAAUGUGGGAAAUGUUUUACUCAGCAAUCACAUCUUGUUAGACAUCAAAGAACUCACACAGGGGAAAAGCCAUUUUCAUGCUCAGAAUGUGGAAAAUGUUUUACUCAGCAAUCACAUCUUGUUACACAUCAAAGAAUUCACACAGGGGAGAAGCCAUUUUCAUGUGCAGAAUGUGGGAAAUGUUAUACUAUGAAGUCAAGUUUUGUUCAACAUCAAAGAACUCACACAGGGGAGAAACCAUUUUCAUGUUCAGAAUGUGGAAAAUGUUUUACUGACAAAUCAAAGCUUGUUAAACAUAAACGAACUCACACAGGCGAGAAACCAUAUUCAUGUUCAGAAUGUGGGAAAUGUUUUUCUGACAUAUCAAAUUUUGUUGUACAUAAAAAAACUCACACAGACGAGAAGCCAUUUUGCUGUGCAGAGUGUGGGAAAGGUUUUAUUGUGAAAUCAAAUCUUGUUCAACAUCAAAGAACUCACAGAGGGGUGAAGCCAUUUUUAUAUCAGAAUGUGGGAAAUGUUUUACUGACAAAUCAAGUCUUGUUAGACAUCUAAGAAUUCACACAUGAGAGAAGUAAAUUCAGAGCAGUAAAUGAUGCAGAUAACACAUCUA